CAGCGCCGUCACGAAGACGUGCUUCAACGGCGUGAACGAGCGUCUCACUUACAGAUAUUACAGAAAAAACAUUCAGACACAUUCCUCUCACAAACAAAGGAGACUUGCACACCAGUAAACAGAAUAAGUGAGUCCGGCCGCAGAGGUGCAACAGCAAAGAAGAGAAAAAAGUGCAUCGGGACCGCGUCGCGCUUGGGAUUCCGGCGCAUCACCUUCACACCUCAGCUCCUGAUCUGCACGGUCAUGCUACGCUGCCAACAAGUUUCAAGUGCCCCAAUAGCGCUUCUGUUCAUCCUCUUCAGCCUUACAUUUGAGCCCACAAACGCCAGCCCUGUGACUGAAGACAAAGAAACCCUCAGCAGUCGAUAUGGACCACCCUCUCCUGAACUUCCACAGAUUCAGUCCACCCAAGCAGGAGACGCUCAGCAAGUGGCACAGGGUGAAGAAGAAGAAGAGGAGGAUGAACUUUUCAAAGAUGUCGAUCCCAAAACCCUAGCAGCAGUGCUCCUAGAGGCUCUCAACAAGCCUCAAGGGAAGACAACGAGUGAGGAAAACAAGAAUGAGGGAGAAGAAAAGGCAGAGGAGGUGAGGGAGAUCCAGGGGGCUGAAAGAGACAGAGAUGGACAUCAGGAGCUGGAGCUGGUAAUGGCAGCUGCUGCAGCGCAAGGCAGAGAGGAGCGAGAGAGAGAGGAGGAUGAAGAGAGGAAGAGAAUAGAGGAAGAAGAAGAAAGGCUUACAGAAAAGGUGACAAGUCAUACCACUAGUCAAACAGUGCCUGUAAAAGAACCAGAGGCAGCAACAAAGGAGGUGGUGAGCAAGGAGGGGCAGCAGGAGCCAGAGCGAGGCACAGAUGGGGAGAAAGAUGAGCAGCUGAGCCCAGAGGAACUGAAGAAUCUGGAGACCAUGCUCAAGGAGUUUCAGAGCUACAGCACAGCUACAAAAAGGGAGCGCGAUUCCUCAACUGGACAGAGGGAGAGCCGUGGCAAUUACCUUGACUAUCUGGACCGAAAUGGCCUCAUGAAUAAUGAGAUCAAGCCCAAAGCCAAGGGCUAUGACUUGGCCUUGUCCAAGAAGAAGCUCAAGUGGCAGCAAGAACAGGAGAAGAACAAGAAUAGGCCAUUGUACAGGGGAGGGAACUUUAUGGAUGAUUUUAAUGACAACAUUGAAGAUCAAGUGGAGGAAAACGGAGAGGAUGAAGAAGAUGAGGAAUUGCUGAGUCCUGAAGAAGAAGAGGCUAGGGCUAAAGCUGAACAGGAGGAGGUGCGUAGACAGGCAGCCGAGGCCCAGAGAGCUAAAGCAGAAGAAGAGAAACUUGCAGAUAUUGCAUCCGACAUGCUCCUGCAGUACAUGGUCAAGCAAGAUGGGAAGAAGUACCAAGACAACAAUGCAGCAGAAGACAAACGCUCAGAAGAGGAUACCAUUGAUGACGAUGAUGACAUUGACCCACAAACUAUUGACAAGUUGAUUGAGAUCUCCAGUAAGCUGCACCUCCCUGCAGAUGAUGUGGUUGAUAUAAUCAGUGAUGUGGAGAAGAAAAAGAAAAAAGAUGCCCCUGAAAAUCUGCAAUGGCAACGGCCUCUUGUAUCUCUUCCAGCUCCUGUUGCCCCAUCUACGGUCUUAAGAACAACACCCCCAUCAAAACCACCUAAACCUAAUACAAAUCCAUUCAAAGCAUGGUUCAAAGACAGGGCUUCCGUUAAGCCCAGUAAGCAAGACUUUUGGAUCAAGCAACAGUGGCCCUUUCGGACCUACCCCUCCUACCGGUUCUACCAAAAGCCCUACAGUAGCUACUAUCCCAUCUACAUCCCUCCUCCCAAGCCUAAACCACGCUACUAUGCCAAGCCCUCCUACUCCCUUAAUGACAUCUUGGGGAAUUCAUUGGACUAUGACUUUGAUUAUUCCCUCAAACAAAGGUACCGUCCCUGGACGCAGCCUCGCCCAAGGGCUCCUCCAGCAUUCCGGCGAAACCUCUACUUCCCUAAUUACAUUGUCCCUCAUCCCCGGACUUUCCAAGCUGUACCCAUGCCCAAACCUCGGUCGCCACUGCGUCGCCGGCCUGCCUUCUAUUAUCCGUCCCCAGGUUCUGUAGUCACCAGACAAGAUGACUAUUAUAGCCAGUUGGGGCAGCCACAGCGGGACAGCGAUGAGGAGCUAGAAAACUUCAUCAAGAAAGUUUUCCUGAAAAGCCCCCAGAUGUUUCAGUGAAGAUACAGAUAGCGUAAUUAGAGAUAAGGAGGAAAAGUAGGACAGUAAGAAAGGGAACAACUGGAAGACUGUUUUUGCCACCCUACCAUAUUUUGGUUUCAUUUGCAGAAAUAUGUCUGUUGAGUCUUUCCCUUUUGAGUUCAUUUGAAUAAUUUGCCUGGAGACUGUUGACUGUUGCCGUUUUUCAGUGCUGUUCCUCACUCCAGUUGAGCUUCUGUCUUGAUCAGAAUGUAACAAGAGAUGAUGUCGAGAUCCCUCGUCACGUUCAUUUCAUCUCAUCUACGACCCCCCUCCCCUGAAAAGACUGAGAAACACUAAGAACGAUGUGAGGAAAGGUGCUUUUGUCUAUUAUGUGGGGUGCACACAGGGCUCAAAAACCCAAUUUAAAUUCCUAUCUUUCCAUACUCCGAGAAGGCCUUUCAAAAGUACAGAGAUCAAUGGGACAUCCCUUUGUAAGCCUUACCUUUAUGUUUUGAUUGUUUGUAAAGUUCUGAAACUUUUUUUAAAAACAUUUUUUCAUUUCAUUAUGAAAUAGAACAACAGCAAAAAAAUAUUUAAAUUGCACCUUUAAAGAAUGCAUGCACCAAGAGCAUGUUUACUCAACUUCGUGAAACUCAAGUCAGUCACGCUGAAGUCUUAGAAUCAGAAAUCAGUGCCAUACUGUUUGGAAGUGUUCGGCUUUGGUUCAUCCUACCGAACAAACAUACUGAGUCUUAACUGUACCUAGAAGUAUUCUGCUUAAGCAUUUAACAUGUGUGUGAUCAUGUGUAAUAAGAACACACUCAGUCCUGUACAUAGAAUUAGUUACUGUCUGCUGUCUGACUUUUUUUUCCCCUUUCAACGUGUUUUUUAAAUAGUUUUUCUACGCAAAAGACUGAAAGAUGGUGCAAAGAACGCUCAUACAUUCCGAGUAUUUCUAAGAAAAAAAAGCUAUUUCAUAGGAGCUCUUGUGUAUACAGUUAUUUAUUGCCUUAUUAAGACACUCUCCCUUUUGAGACAGCAUUUUUGUCAUUGUUGGGUUGGCAGGUUCGAUACUGGUCACCAGGAUUUUCAUAUAAAAAUGGAGCAACAAAACUUUGGUCAGAUUUAAGCAGUUUAACUGUAAAACAGAUGAAUGAGGCAUGAAUAUAAAGUUACCUCGAUACUUUCCCAAUGACCUAUCUCUGUUCCUAAUUCCAUUCAGCGACUAAUGUCUACGGGAUAUAUGAAUGAGGUAUUGUCUGUUGGACAUUUUGUCUAUGAAAACAACUGAACAAUCUGCACAAAAGAGAUUUCUGAGUCAAUGAAAGUUCUUUCAAAGCAGCACUGACAAUCUUCUAAUUGAAAUUGAUCCCAACUCACACAUCUCUUGCAGCUUUUGAUCGAUAUUUUUCCCUCACACAACAGUUCGGAGUCCAGCUGGGGCCAAAAUCACAAUGCUCAUCUGGGGAGGUCAGAUUUAAUGCUACAGGACAAAGUGUGUAAGAACACAUGAACCGCAUGAGACCAUUGAUGAUUCAUUCUUCUCACUGAACUCCUGGAACUGGGCACACUCAGAGCAAACAGUCACUCAAAGAACCUUUCAGAAAGCUUCUUAGAAGUCACCUUUUCAACUAGUUUUAAUAACAGUUCUUCAGCAAACCAUAUCUUUUUUGAAUUUCAGAGAAAGAGCUCAACAGAACAAUGUUGAGCAGAUUCAGCACCAAAAUGCUGAGUCAUGUAUCCAAAUUGUGUGAUACCUUAUCCAUCAGGACAGUGAGGGGAGAUGAAAAAGAUAGAAGACGAAAAGGGGGGGAGGUGCUUGGCAUUCUAAUUCUUUUAAGCAAUUUUUUAAAUCUGGGAAGAGACGAAAAGCUGAGGAUAGGAAAACUGACAAAAGAAAUCUGAAACAGUGGAGGAGACAAGUGUCUGCACGUUUAUGUGAACUUGCAUCUAAAAUGUGUUUCUUCUUUGAAGACAUUAUGAGCAUUCAAAAAAAGUAUAAAAAAAUUACAAAAGAUAAAUGACUAGCGUACCAUAGGAAAAAAAUGUCUUGUAUAAGGAAAAUCAGCUGUUUGUCAUUUCUAGAUGUACCUUGUACGUACCGUAAUAAACAUGCGUUUGCUGGAUGUAAAUAACCGCAUGUUGAUGGCUAGUUUUGCUACACAGAGAGAAUUAAAUAAAAUCAACUAUUUUUUAUUAA